GAGCAAGGCUUCAUUAAUUACCGGGGCGGGGUGGAGGGAUGAUUACCAAUGGCCGGUGGUAACAGGCAUUAAUUAGACGUCGCUUCUCGACAAGGGAUAAAAAGGGAAACAGGCAGGAAGUUACGGUUAGCCUCCCAGGCUAUGGACCGCUUUGUGUACCCACCCUACAGCGUAUACCAGAGUUAUGGGAGGACCUUCACCUCUAGCCACAACGUGGCCCCCCGACCGCCCCCCAAGCAAAAGCAGUCCAGCUGGAAGCAGAGCAAGAACAGCAGCACCCCUAAUCCCUACCGAGGGCCACCGCCCGCCCUUUCCUCGGACCCGCGGGAGACCUCGCCGGACUACCUAGACACCUACAAGCGGGCCCAGCUGAAGGCUCUGUUGUCGCAGGUCAGCCCAGGCCUCGGCCCGCGGCUCCGCAAAACCUCCACCAAGGAGGUGGGUGUCCAAGUGAACCCUCGGGUAGACGCCGCCGUGCAAUGCUCGCUCGGCUCCCGCCCGCUCCAGGCCGUCCGGCCCCAGAGCCCCUCGGCUCGCCUCACUCGGGAACCGCCGCUGCCGGGCAUCUAUUCGCCUGUCGUAGGGCGGCGCCUCUUCACUUUGCCCGAAGCGGUGGUGGAACCCCAAGAGCAGGACGGAGCUCCCGCUUCGCAGCCGCUCGCCGAGGAAGAGCCUGAGGAGAAGGCGGCGUGGGAGACUGGUGGGAAGGAAACGCCGCUGGGAGAGAACCGAGGCGAAGAAUCCGCCCUGCGGCCGGACUGUAAGGGAGAAGGGGCCAAGAAGGGCGGCAACGCCAGAGGAGAAGGCAAAAUAGCUUCGUUCCAGUUCCUGGAACAGAAAUAUGGCUACUUCCAUUGCAACAACUGUAAGACCAGAUGGGAGAGUGCCUAUGUAUGGUGCAUUUCUGGAACUAAUAAGGUUUACUUCAAACAGCUCUGUCGCAAGUGUCAGAAAGGCUUCAAUCCUUAUAAAGUAGAAGCAAUUAUGUGCCAGCUGUGUUCAAAGACUCGUUGCUCCUGCCCUCAGAAGAAAAGGCACAUUGACCUCAAGAGGCCCCACCGUCAAGAACUGUGCGGCCGCUGCAAAGGCAAGAGACUGUCUUGUGACAAUACCUACAGCUUCAAAUACAUUGUCUGAUCUAUUUGCCUUCUUCCUAAUACGGCUGGUCUGUGUUGGCACUAUGCACUUUGAUACUUGGUUUUGACUUUAGGCUUCUGACCUGGCAUUGGAUAACGGAUUAAAGAUUUUUGUAAGAUUGGGUAAUAUUCUUUGUAAUUCAUUGUAACUUGUAAUAAAGGUUGAAUUAUAA